UAUCGCCCAGGAAGAACAAACAAAAUGGCGGCAAACGAUGAGAGAGAAGGGUGUGAUCACAUGACCGAACCCUACCAAUCAGAAAACACAGGACAAACCAUCCCCAAAUCACUUGACCAGUCAGGACCCACAGAUGAAACUCAGUACCAGUCAGUUGACCAAUCAGAAGCAAGCUUUCAGAAGGGAUUAGAUUUGCAUGUAAAUCGACCGUUAAAUCCGAUAGACGAGAUUAGCGCUGACGACGCUGAAGUAUCACUAGCGAUGUCUCUGUCCGAGCAGAACAGGCCCGGCUCCUCUCAGCCAAUCAGAGACCGCCGUACACCAAAGGCGAGGAACGUUAGCGGGUCGAGCCAGCACGAUACGAGCGGGAAUAAAUCGGACAGCGGCUCGGGGUCCGGAGCUCGCCACAAGAGAUGGAUGCGGCCGGGCAUUCCGCUGAAAGUCGGCGCAAAGAUGGAGGCCAUGGACUACUUGAAGAAAUGGUACCCAGCCAAAAUUGAGGAGGUUGAUUAUGAGGAGCGAGAGAUUUUGGUGCAUUUUGAGGGCUGGAACCAUCGCUACGACGAGUGGCUCACCUUCGAUAGCGACCGGAUCAGACCAGUGGAUCGUCUCACAACACGGAAGGAAGGACCUAUCAAAAUACCAGCUCAAUACAAAGUUGGAGAUGAAGUUCUGGCCAGGUGGACCGACUGCAAAUAUUACCCUGCAAAGAUCCUAGAAGUUAGAGUAGAUGCCUCCUAUAGGGUUCAUUUCUAUGAUGGGAUUGACAAGACAGUGAAAGGCAUCAAUGUAAGACCCAUCCCAGAUGAUAUGAAGGGACAGGAUUUUGCAGCGCUUGCCCAGGCCCAGAACUCGGGGCCAGGUACUGGGAAGGGCCGUCCGUCCAGUAAGGACCGUAGUCGUAGUAGUAGCAGCGGGAGUCGCCCCAGCAGCCGCGAGCAACGACACAGGCAGAGCGACGAGUCAUCAGAUGAAGACAGCGGCCCUACCACCAAGAAGAGACGUGCGUCGUCUUCCCCGAAAGGGUCCUUCCAAGAAAAGCGUGCACGACUGGACAAACUGGCGGGCAAACUGUCGGCGCUGUCUAAGGCCAGAGGUCACACCUCACGUGCAGAUGAACACAUAGCGACCACCAGGACUUCUAUGAUGGGAACUACCACCAUCAAGACCAAGAUUGCAACUGGCAAGCCAACGAAAAAGCCUCAAGCCAGUAACAACUCCAGUACAGAGUCGGAAACGGAGACGGGACUCCAUGGCCAAUCAGUGAUCUCCAGUCUUCUGGCUGCCCCCUCGCCCUUCCACAGCGAGGGCGUGAGUCUUCCGACAACCAUGAACCCUGAAACCAUGACAACCUCCAUUCUACAGACAUCUCCGCAGCUGUUCAAUCCGCAACUGCCCUUCACCAUGCCGCAUCCCAUGAUGCCGCUGUCCAGCCAAGGCCCCCUACCCCUCCACCAGACUCCGCCUGCUACCCCGCCCAUAUUUGGGCAGCCCCCGUUUCUGGGUCCAUCCGGCCAACCGCCAUUCAGCGCUGGGACGUCGUUUGGUAUGGGCCAGUUACCACCGGUUUCUGUUACUAUGGGUAUGGGUCUUCCUACUGGUCCACAUGCCUUACUACCUCCGCAUACCACCGGGAUGCUGUCUCACAGCGGGCUCUCUCCACCAGACACCCCCGAGGGACACCAAAGCGCCCUCAUGCGAAUGCUGAAGGCAUCGCAGGCCCAGGCGCAGGGAUACAUGCCUGUCACCACUGCGAUGGGGCAUCCGUAUUACCCCCUUUCCAUGCCGGGAUUCAUGCCCAAUCCGCAUGAAGGCCUGAUGAGUAUGGCACCGACGUCCCAGAGUCUACAUCUUCGCUCCGCGCACGGUACGCGCCCGCGUCCGGCCACGCGGCGAGCACGACAAACCCGCAACAAGAACCGACUUUCGUCCUCCAAGACUAAACAGUCGCAAUCCGCCCCUCCUAUGGGUGGUCAGGACGCACUGACCAGUCUGCUACAAGGAUCACCCAUGCAUGCGGCGGGCGGGGCCGCCAUGGCAACCGUUGCCAUGUCAAGGGGACAGCUGCAGAUCCCCCACAGGAAGAGAGGUUUUGGGAUGAGUCAGCGAGAUCGGUCCAAGAAGCACAGCAGAGAACCAUUGGUGGGGAACGCACCUAAAGACAUGGACGUGGAUUUUGACCAUAACAAGUACAAGUGUCCAGUUGCUGGCUGUGGCAAGGCCUUCCGCAAAGAGAUGGGACUUCUCUGUCACAAGAAACACUACCACGACAAGAACAAGCAUGACAAAGAUGACCUGUCAGGUGGCCUGUCUGGAGGAGAAGGGCCAGAGCCUCGGCCGGAGAAAAGGGAGAAGGUUCUGAAGAGAAAGAAGGAAAGAAACGCAUCCGGAACGGAUGGUCGAAUCAAACAUCCCAGCGAGAGUCGAACGCGAACCUCCAGCGACGGGAGACCGCGGAACCCCAGCGAGAGUCGUUCCAGACACCCGAGCGAGAGCCGGUCUCGACAUCCCAGCGAGAACCGACCGCGCCAUCCCAGCGAGACGCGGGGGCGACCCCCGGGCAGUAAGAACCGUGAGACCGCGGCGGGGAGACUCCCGCGUACGAAGCGAGCGUCGGCCCCGCCCAAGCUGCAGACAUCGGGAGAGGGCCAAAGUACAGAAGGAGAGGAGAGGAACCAAGCUGUGGAGGAUGUUCCCAUGGAGAUGGUCCCAGACAUGGAGGAGGAGGAGGGGGAGGAGCCUGAGGAGGUUUCCAUGGAGACGGGUGAGGAGGCGGAGCCUGAUGGACCCCCUGCAGAGGAUCAGGAGUUUGAGCGGGAAGGGAAGGAGACUCUGAACCAGGAUGAGGUGGUCCACUGUCUGUGUAACUACCCUGAGGAGGAUGGCUUUAUGAUACAGUGUGAGGUGUGCAUGUGCUGGCAACACGGCAUGUGUGUGGGACUGACUGAGGAAACUGUUCCCAAGAAAUACGUCUGUUUCGCCUGUCUCAACCCGCAAGCAGGCCAGAGACUCAGCGCACGCUACCUGCACGAUCAGGACUGGUUCAAACAGGGCAUGAUGGCACGCUUCUCCUUUGCUAAACCGCCCAAGGACGACACGCCGCGCUACGUGGCAGCCACGCAUACGCUGAUGGGAGACAUGUACGGAGUGAAGACUGCACUGCACAGUCUGCAGAGGAAGAUACAGAUAGCUAAAACGUCGGACCAUCCUGAGCUGAUCCUGUGGAGCCGAAGAUGGGAGAAGGAGGUGGAGGAGGAGGAAGAAGAAGAGGAAGAGGAUGGACCACGAGAAGAAGAACAACCCCAGACUCCCCAGGACACGUCAAUGGACACGGAGGACGGACAGAACGAGACAGCACCUCACGAAGGAACGAAUGAAGCAGCAACAAAGGAAAGCCAUGAGGCAGAUACAGGUGUGGUGGUAAACGGGGACACAGUUGAAGGCGAAGCCAAUUCUUCUGUGGAACAAAUUCCAAUGGACACAAACGAUUCCAACCACAUUGACAGUCCACCAAAAUUGAACGAUCCAGAAAAGAGAGACCAAACGAUUUUACAAGAAAAGAGUGAAGAAACACCACGCGAAGAAGAGAAGAAGUCUGAAAGUCCAAGAAUUGAGCAAGACUUAUCGACAACCACACCAGUAAGUUCUUCAGAAAACAAGACUGCGUCAAUCUCAGGAAGCGAAACACAGGAAAACGUCCAACCUUCGGUUAGUCGAAACUCUGAACCGGAAAAAGGAAACCAGCGCGCUAGUCCAGCUGAGCCACAAAAGUCCAAGACCUUUGCCUCAGAACAAGCGAAACCUCAAAUCAUGGAGAAGGAGAAGAGUCCGGUAAAGGAGGAGUCUCCGGGUAAGUCGAGUCUGAGCGACAGCUGGGGUGACCACUCGUACAGCCGGCCGUGUACGCCGGUGGAGCGUCCGACCGUGGCGGAGAGCCGGGCUGGGAGGACCUCGGGGGUGGAGACACAGACACAGGAGGAGGGCAGACUACUCAUGGCAGGGGCACUCGCACAGACUGCAGACAGAGUGGAGAGUCUGCCCACUGAUGGUCCAGACUACACGGCAGGAGUGCCACUGGAGUCUGGACAUGGGCUAUGGAGACAACCUGAGCCUACAACAGUUGAACCGUCCACAAGCCAAUCAGACGAGGCGACUGAUGGUGUCGCCAUGACGACCAGCACGUUGACCAAUCAGGAGCAGGUUGCGCCGUUCUCGUGUGAGGUGAACCUGCUGGACCACAUCUGUGAGAUGCAGGACGACGUGGAGAAACGGCUGGAGAUGAUGGAACAACACAUCAUCGCUUUGGAGACGGCCUGCGAAGCCCCAGCAACAACUCAGGAGGGUCAAGACCCCCUGCACGAUAGGUCAAAGGUCAAAGGUGAAAUCAGGCGGCUGCUGAGUGACCUGAACAAAGUGCAGUUGUUAGUCGGCAUCACCCAGUAACUAUAGACCGAAGAAAACAUUGAAAUUUGGUUUUCAAGUUUUGUUAAUUUCUCUUGUAUUAUUUAUUCCAGAAAUGUUUCAAGACUAGAAAAUUUUAAGGUAACAUUUGCUACCAACAAACUACUAAAUUGAACAUUCAUAUAUACAUUGUAUUGUGACCAGCUCAUCCUGCACUGGCUACAUAAUGUAAUGCAACACCACAGGGUGUCGGCUACAACACCAGUUACCAUGGUGACAGACCUGUGGUCCAGGUCAUUGACUGUUUUGUUUAGAGAAGAAGAAACAGAGCAAAAAACAGAUGUUUUCCUCUUGCAAAGGUAAACAUAUUGACAACCUCCCAAGACAGUAAAGAUAUUCAGUGUUUCUAAGGACAUGUAUACAUGAUAUUGUAGCAAAGUUGAGCUAUUUGAUGUAUAUUAUAUGAUGAUAUGCAUGUAUAAAGAAAGGCAGGAGGAAAACAGAUAUUGUUUAGAGGAUGCAUACUUGAUUGAGGUACAGUACACAUGUAUGUAGCAGGCACUUGCCUAUGAAAACAGUGCCAUUUUCUUCAAUAUGUUGCCAGUUUUGUUGACAGAGAAUAUUAGAGUUUGCUCCGUUCACUUUGCAUAUCAAAGUAACAGUUAGAUGUAGAUUUUUACAAUACGGUUAGCACCCCAAACUCUUGAUACAACCAAGAUUUGUAUGAAGAAAAAGUGUUUGUUUUUCUACAUAUUUCUGUUUCCAUGCUUGUUUUUUUUCCAUGUUCUAAAAUGAUUUGCUUGAUGA